ACGGAAUGCGUCACACCCGGAAGAGGAGAGCCGGAAGUGGGGUUGGACAGGUUAUCCCCAGGGGUGGGGAAGCAGAGGCCCAAGAGGAAGGGGGAAAAAGAAGGUGGAGGAUCCUGGCUACUACUCUGAAUCCGAUACCGAUUCUUUUAGACCCCAGAAACACAGAAAAAGGAAAGGGUGUCCCUUCCUCUCCUCAGCCUUAGCCAUGGCCGAGGCAGGGGCAGGGCUGAGUGAGACCAUCACUGAGACAACGGUUACCGUGACAACCGAGCCCGAGAACCGGAGCCUAACCAUCAAACUUCGGAAACGGAAGCCAGAGAAAAAGGUGGAAUGGACAAGUGACACUGUGGACAAUGAACACAUGGGGCGCCGCUCAUCAAAAUGCUGCUGUAUUUAUGAGAAACCUCGGGCCUUUGGCGAGAGCUCCACGGAGAGUGAUGAGGAGGAAGAGGAGGGCUGUGGUCAUACACACUGUGUACGGGGCCACCGCAAAGGACGGCGUCAUGCAACCCCGGGACCGAGCCCCACCACCCCUCCCCAACCUCCUGACCCCUCCCAGCCCCCUCCAGGGCCAAUGCAGCACUAAAUUCCUCUCUCCCCCACCAUUCCUGUGUCUGUUUGGCCCUGAAUGUAUUCAUGUGGCUACCUGGGGUCUAAACUCAUGGUUUGAUCCCUUCUCCAGCCCCCUCCUCCCCUCUCCUCUGCCUGAUAGAGGGAAGUGGGAGUGGUGAGUGGACAGAGAACCUGGAAUUCUGACUUGCUGCUAUUCCAGAACCCAGGCUUCUGGGUUCCCUUAGCCCUCGUUUCUCCUUCCAUUACCCAUCCUCCUCUCUCCAGGGAUCCAGGCAUCUUGGUCCCAGUUUCUUCCCUUUGUUCUCACUGCCAAACUGCCUGUCCUGGGAUCCAGUUAUCUUGGCCCCCUGCACUCUCUCCCUGAGUCCCAAACACUUAAAGUGGGUUUCCAACAGCCCCAGCUUUCACUGCCAGAGUCCCAGUCAGAUUCCAGGCAAUCUUGCCCCAGCUAUGCUUGUUAAUCCUGGCUUAGAGCUCUUCAACUAUGUAUUUAUAUAGUCCUAACUCUUAGUCCUUGCCUGUGGGAUAUGAGGUCUGAUGGGAGACCUCAGGGCUCCCAGCCCUUCCCCUCCUCCUCACUCCUCUCAUGCCCUCAAGAGGAGUUAGGAGAAAGGUCUUUGUCAUCCUCACCUUUAAGGGAAAAAGAAAUAGUCAUGUCCUCUCUCGUCACCCUUCUCAUGUGAUCUAGGAUUUCUGACAGCUGGCUCACUUAGAGCCAACUGUCUCCUCAGCUUUUGGUCUUCCAGCUUCAGAGACAGUUAAAACAGUGCCAGGGGCCUGGGUCCCUGGGAGAGGAAGGAAAAGGGAGGGAGCAAAGAGCUGGGGGUAUGUCCCCUACACCACACUCUUACCCCUUCCUUCCUAGGCUUUGAUGUCUCUGCCAGUCCAGAUGGCCAGCUCUCUCGGCCCUCCCCACCCCUUACUGAGAUCUGGAUAUUGUCUUCCAGGCCUCUUGCCAUGCAUCUCUAGUUGCAGAGAUCAGUCAAAUCCAUACCACCGUGGAGAUCUCAUUUAUUGCCACAGAUGCACAAAAUAAAUAAUGCAACAUCACAAAACGUGUUAAA